GGACAAUUUCCAUGGAUGGCUGUGGUAUAUCACCUAUAUUGGGCAGGCCAGUUCGGCAACUGCGGUGGAAGUAUAAUAUCAGAGAGAUGGGUACUCACUGCUGGCCAUUGUGUUGUUGGCGGCCCACGAAGAUACCUCGUGGUUGUUGGAGAGACUGACAAGAGAAAAAUCAGGGGCGAGAGGUACCUAGGCCAAGGGGUCGCGAUGAUAACGACAAAAGUAGUGCUCCAUCCACAGUACCAUUUGACUAACAACGAUAUUGCAUUACUAUACAUGCCACAAGAAAUUAAAUUUGGACAAAAUAUCAACUUAAUCGGACUAGCAGGGCCGAGUUAUGCGGGUGACACAUUUGUUGGAAAACGGGUACUAAUUGUUGGGUGGGGCCUCACCGGAUAUUCCUUAUCAGAAGACUUGAAAUGGGGCAAAGUGCCAAUAUUAAGCCAAAAUCAGUGCUCACGCUACUGGUAUCAAGCGAAUGCAAAUCAUAUUUGCACUGCACCGAUGACUGGAACUGAUGCAUGCGUAGGAGACAGUGGUGGCCCGCUUGUGAUUGGAACCGACCGCGGCUCAAUGCAAAUUGGUAUUGUCAGUUUCGGUGAUAACAGAUGUCCGAGCUCGAUACCCGGUGUUUUCACACGGGUUUCCUCAUUCAUAGGAUGGAUACAACGAGUGACAUCGCAACAGUUUUGAAUCCCAGGACCACGUCUCGUUCUAAUAUUAUCCAGAAAUUUAUCCAUUUAUUUAUUUAGUGAUACUGUCAUUUAUUUAUUUAAUAGGUACUGUCUAGCGUAUCUAUAAUACUAUCAUUAUAAUCCUAUUUUACAUUUACUUAAAAAAACGAAGAACAU